UGCUGUUUUCUGUACAUUGGCUCAUGUUAUACAUGGGGGAAUAUGAGAGCGGCGGAGGAACCGAAAGCGACAGCAGAAUACCUGACGAUAAGUAUAACGUUAAAGAGUGGUCGUGAAAUGGGGAGGAUUCAAAGCCAAAUCACCCAGAACAGGCUGUCGAAAAAGGAAAAUCGUAUUUGGCGUUGUAUUUGUUUAAUAUAGAUUUGGCGUGGACUGGGGUAAGGCACCUCCCUGCCUGCUCUGCACCGGGGUGUGUGCGUGUUUUUCGGGUAGGCUUCAUCGCAUCACCGCGCUGCAGUGUGUUACUGGAACCGAGCUGAGGUGCCACGCCGUCGGCCGAUACUAUGUCAAAAACUGAGAGAGACAAAGUAGCACUGCGACUCAAUCCUACUGACCUAUGCAAUGAAAAAAAUGGCAACUUUGCUCUCUAACAGCUGUGGUUUGUAGCCAUAAAGAAGUGCAAGUGUGCCGAAAAAUAUAGUGGAGCGUGUUUGGUGCCUGUUAUUAAAAAGCAGCUUUGAAAAGCAGCAAUAGGCAGUCCGCAUGGAACGAGCAGGAAGCAUCCAACUUGAUAUUCCGGACUUCAGCAACUCCGUCCUGUCGCAUCUGAACCAGUUGCGAAUACAGGGCCGUCUGUGUGACAUUGUGGUCAAUGUUCAGGGCCACAGUUUUCGUGCCCACAAGGUGGUCCUCGCCGCCAGCUCACCCUACUUCAGGGAUCACAUGUCACUGAGCGAGAUGAGCACCGUGUCCAUAUCAGUAAUCCGCAACCCAACCGUGUUCGAGCAGCUACUUUCCUUCUGCUACACGGGACGCUUGUGCUUGCAGCUCGCUGAUAUCAUCAGCUACCUGACGGCUGCCAGCUUCCUUCAAAUGCAGCACAUUAUUGACCGGUGCACCCAGAUUUUAGAGGGAAUCCACUUUAAAAUCAGUCUGUCAGAUGUGGAAGGGGAGAUCGGGAAAGGGGCUCACAGGACUGCCAACCAAACCGUUGACUCAGGAAGAGGUGGGACCGGGUUAGGUGGGUCCAGUUCCCUAAGUCCCAGACAUACCAGUUCCCGAUUGAUUGGCAACACUGGGGUGAUCAACAUCCGUGAUGUGAGGGAAGUCAGAGAGAUCAGUCCCCCUGGGGAGUCCAUGAGUCCCCAGAUUGUGGAGCACAGUGGCAUUGGCUCAGAGGAGGUGGGAACUGGGAAAGAGCCCAUUCUCCGUAUCAACCGAGCUGGGCAGUGGUAUGUCGAGACGGGGACUGAGGUGGAGAGAGGAGGAGAAGAGAACGUGCGGAUGGUGGACGGGUUUCGGAUUAAGACGGAAAGGAUGGAUGAGUGGAUGGGAGCUGAGACCCAGGCUUCGGCGGAAGAGGGCAGUGGGGCCGAGGAGGGGCCGACAGUGAUGAUUGACACCUCAGGACGUAGCACACUGGUGCAGGAAGGAGGGAGAGGCGGGAAAAGCUCCCAGCCGUCCAGCAGCUUCAGUGAAACUGAGAGGUUUAGUCCAACAGGAAGUGUGGUUGUGAUGGCCGAUCACCAGAGAUCCAAGAGUGAGUCUCCAGGAAGAGUCGAUGAUCAGAGACACCCCAGCUCACAGGGAGAGGAACAAGCUGUGUUUGACAUGGGGGGAUACGAGGAGUACCUACGAGAACAGGUAGGUGAUCGGUGGUUCCGCUACAACCCCCGUCUCACCUGCAUUUACUGCUGCAAGUCCUUCAACCAGAAGGGCAGCUUAGAUCGCCACAUGCGCCUGCACAUGGGCAUUACCCCCUUCGUUUGCCGAAUCUGCGGGAAGAAGUACACCCGCAAGGACCAACUCGAAUACCACAUCCGUAAGCACACAGGAAAUAAGCCUUUCCAUUGCCACGUCUGCGGCAAGAGCUUCCCGUUCCAGGCAAUCCUCAACCAGCACUUCCGCAAAAACCAUCCAGGUUGUGCCCCACAGGAGGUGUCCCAUAGUGCCUCACCCGAGACUACCACGGUCACCUCCCGUGGAGGCCAAAACGAAGAUGAGUCGCCCUCCCAGGAGGAAUCUGAGGGCAAUGGUGGAGGGGGAGGUGGCGGCUCGUCCUUCGGAGAAGGUGUCCAACCUUCGGUAUCCACCACUGGCCCCGACUGAAAGGCUUUGAACAAAAACGUCACAAGUUUAGAGAGACACAGGACAGUGGGGUCCAACAGGACCUUCUCUUGAGAAAUCCCUCUGUCCCUUGUCUCCCACCAUCAACACUGAAUUUACAAGUUGGAAGGAGUUGAGUGAGCAGGAGGUUCUCUCAGCUGCUGUCGAUGAGGAACGGAUAAAAAAAGGGAAAGUCUUCUACAUCCUACUUGGCCGAAGAUCCUCUAUUUUUUCCAGUGAUAACAAAGAUGCAAGGAACAAUUUGGUAGGAAUAGUGUUCUCUAGGGAUUUAUAAAUGGUAUUUCUGCUUUAAACCACAUCUACCUUCACCAUGCAAACUGAACAGGACGUCAAUAUAUGAAGACAAGCCACACUCCAACAACCUCACACACCACUGGAUGCAGUGUUUUUUUUCUUUUCAUUUCCUGUCUUUUAUAUGUUAUUUUUAUAUUUUUGUACUACUACAGAUCUUUCAGGAUAAACUAAAAGAGAAGCUCUAGCAAUGAUUUGGUCAAAUUGCGUCAAAAUUGCCAAACUUCUUUGUGCCAGAUGAUGAGUUGUAAAAAGAGAGGACAUCGUAGUCCUUUGCUACUUUGCCUUGAGACAAUCUUGAUAAAUUAACCUGGGGCUAGACUUUGCGCUCCCCAGCCAUGGCAAGCUUAGGAAAACGGGUUCAGUUUUUUAUUAGGGACCCUCAGGUCUGAUCUAACAUCAGAUUCUUGAUUCAUUUUUUUUUGUUUUGUGUUAAGUGCCGAUCCGGCCUGCCAUAGAACCGAAACACAUUGCUCACAUUACAAGGAAAUUGUUUUUCUAGAACUUUGGGUUUAUAACAAGAAUAACUCGCAUCAUUAUUUUACUUUUUAAAGUUGGUAGAGAUACUGUGAUAUAGGCACUCAUGGUGAAAAUACAUUGGUAGAGUAUAGCAGUGACACAUUUAUUUCAAGUUUAGUUCACAUUAAUGCCUUCAUACAUCUCUAAACUGAACAACUCAGCUGCUGAAUGUUGGCGAUACAGUGAUAUAAAACAAGGAAAUCCUUCAACCUCAGAUAAGCUACAAUAGACCGCUCAGUUACCUCUCUCUCACAUUACUUCGCAAUACUGAUCUGUUGCACACAGAUGCGUGGAUGCACUCAGCUGAAUUUAAUGUUCAGUGUUCAUUUCUUUUCAUACAUUUACGUCACUCGUUGAGAUUCGCUAGUGUCACCAACUUUUUUGUUUUACUGGUCUGGCAAUAUUUUGCUUAUAAGAAUGUGUUUGACCAGGAGUAAGGGGUCUCUUAGGGGAUGUACCCUUGUUCCUUUUUUUGUGUCAAGACAUAAGAAAUGAGUCUAAGGCUGAGACGAACCAAAAUGCGGACUUGGUCGCCUACGCCGUUUAGGAAAACGUAAACCGUAUGUCUGUGAUGUCUGGGAUACGCCGAAAUGCCACGGAAUGACUUUGAGUGUAAGAUUUCCCUUCAUCUGAUGGAAGGCACUUGAACCUUGGGGUCAAGGGCCUUUACACUUGGCUUAUGAACAGAUGUUUCCAGUUGAUGCUUUCAGUAACCAAAACAACUGAAACUGGAAGUUCUUAAACCCUUAAGAUUCGGAGGGUGAAGAGGAAAAAAGAGAUUACAUCAGGCACUUAAAAAAUGGGAUGGGGAUGUGUUUUGUUUUGUUUUUAGAAUUUUUGUAUAUCUAUAUACAUGCGUCACUUAUGCAUAUUUAGACAAAUUUAUACUUGUAAUAAAUAUACAGAGACAGUUUCUAGAAUGAUCAACAAAAACA